AUGUCUGACAACAAAAGCCAUUACCAGCCGCCGUACCCCGGUACGACCGGCAUCAGCGACCCAUUCGGUGGGAGUGGCCCACAGUACCCCGUACACAGCGAGGAUGUCAAGUCUAGCCCGUUCGGUACGAGCGUGCCGCGCACCACGGCUCCCCCUCCGCCUCCCGAGCAGGCGCAGCCGACGCCGGUGAUUGCCCCGCCGCCCAUGCCUCCCACGAACGUGAAGCCAAGCGAGGAUAUUGAGGACAACAAGGUGCUGAAGGGCAGCCUACCCGGCCAGGUGUUCCACGAGAGCUUCAAGUUUACAGAACCCCCCUCAACGGCUGCGGCCAGCAGCUUCACCGAAUCUACGACGGGUGCGGACAUAAUGGAGAACAUAAAAUCGAUGAAUACCCCAUCGCAUUUCAUCCGCACUUCGGUGAAGGUGCUGCCUUCAAGCGCCACUCUUUUGCAGAAGACCCACGUCCCCCUCGGCGUAGUGAUCAGGCCCAUGGCCCCGCUGUCGGAGGACGACCCCGAGAUCCCGCUGGUAAACUCCGGGUCGGAGUCCAUCACACGUUGCACGCGUUGCCGGACGUAUAUUAACCCGUUCGUCACGUUCGACCGCGGGCGCCGCUUCUGGACGUGUAACAUCUGUGGUGUUGCCAAUGAGGCCCCGGCGCGUUACGCAAACCUCUCACCGGAUGACGAAAACCUGCCCCCCGAGUUGAAGACAGGCGUCGUGGAGCACAUUGCGUCGGCUGACUACAUGGUCCGCCCGCCGCAGGCUCCUACUAUAAUGUUUGUGAUCGACGUGUCCGUUUCCGCGGUCAACAGCGGCAUGCUGGAGGUCGUCUGCCAGACCAUUUCGGACCUCAUCAAGCAGCGUGCUUUGCCCGGCGAUUCCCGCACCAUGGUCGGGAUUAUGACCUACGACACUUCUGUCCACUUCUACCAGACGUCUGGCAACAACGGCAACCCGAACAUUCUGGUUCUUUCGGACCUGGAGGACCUGUUCUUGCCCCUUCCCGGUGGCAUUCUUGUUAACGUCUCGGAGUCUGAAGCUGAGCUGUUGAAUUUGCUUUCGUUGCUGCCUUCAACAUGGAAGAACACCACCGUCUCCGGCAGUUGCCUGGGCAGCGCAACGCGUGCCGCACAUUUCGCCAUGAAGCACAUCGGCGGCAAGAUUUGCUUGUUUACCGCUUCGCCGAGCUACUUCGGCGACUUCUCGCUGAGCGCCAACGCGUUGAGCCAGGCGAAGCCCAGCACGCCAAACCUGCAGCCUGUGGAGAAGUGCAAGGAGUAUGCCAUCAUGGUGUCCAUGGCCCAGGUGUCGAUCGAGAUGUUCGUUUGCACGCCCCAGAGCGUGAACUUGAGUGCGUUGCAUCACUUGGCCAGCGUGACCGCGGGCAACGUACAUCACAUGCCCUUCAAGACACACGUCGGCAACUCGAAGCUUGCUGAGGAGCUGCGCCGCGUGAUCACCAGGGAAACCGGUUGGGAGUCGGUGAUGCGUGUCCGCGCCAGCAAGGGUUGGAAAAUUACAAACUGGUUCGGCCAUUGCCACAUCCGCGGCUCGGAUUUGAUGGUGCUCCCCAACUGCCAUGCUGACCAGACGUUCACGUUGACGUUCGAGCAUGAGGACAGCGUCGUCGUCGCCAAGGUCGCCUACUUCCAGUGCGCCCUGCUGCACACCACCUCCCGCGGCGAGCGCCGCAUCCGUGUCAGCACGUUCGCGAUCCCUGUUAGCGACAACGCCAGCGAGGUGCUUUUGUCAGUCGACCCGGAGGCCGCGGUUCUAACAGCUGCCCAGCUCGCGCUCUCUACUGCUAUAGAGGGCAAGAUGAGUGACGCCAGGACGCAACUGCAAACGCUAUGCGGACGCAUCUCCAGCGCGAUGUCGACAUUGACCUCCAUGCAGGAAGUCACCAGCAAGAUUGUUAUGUACGUGUUCGGGCUGCUCAAGUCGCAGUGCUUCAGCGAGGCUAACAUCCCCGCCGACGUCAAGGUGUACCAUGCGAUGCGCAUGAAAUCCCUCCCCAUCAAGGAUCUGGCGGUGUACUGCUACCCGCGCAUGAUCUGCGUGACUGACCUGGCCAGCGAGAGCGGUGAAAGGGGGGGCUCGUGGCUCCCACCGUCACUCAACCUUACGCACUCGCGCCUCACCCCGGAUUCGGCGUACCUGCUGGAGAACGGAGAGUGCAUGGUACUAUGGAUCGGCAAGAGCGUUUCAACUCAGUGGCUACAGUCGGUGUUCGACGUCCCAUCUCUGGAGUCGCUGAACUGCGACCUGGCCGAGGCGUUCAUGUCUAGUUGCAAGAACCCGGCCGCUGUCAGGCUGGCAUCGAUUGUGCGAGAGAUACGCUCCCAGAGGUCCCCGUACAUGUCUCUGUACGUAACGAGGCAGGGUGACGAAUCUGAGGCGAGAUUCUUCUCAUUUUUGGUCGAAGACAAGACGCCGGGGAUGAUGUUGACUCUUAAUGAGUUCAUCAACUCCAUAACGUUGCGCGUCCCCUUCCGCUUCCAGCUCUCAUAG